ACUGCUGACGUCAUCUCCUACUAGUGACUACUGUUAUCAAGAUGGCGCUGCGGCCAGGAUCAGGGGGAGGUGGCAGUUUUAUGUAUCCUGUUGGAGGGGGCAUGGGGCCGCCACAAGGCAUGGUACCCAUGCAGCAGCAGCAGCAGCAGCAGCAGCAUCAGCAGCAGCAGCAGCAGCAGCAGCAGCAGCAGCAGCAUCAGCAGCAGCAUCAGCAUCAGCAGCAGCAGUGCUUCCCUAUGGUUCCGGUCAUGCAACCGAACAUGCAGGGCAUGAUGGGAAUUAAUUUUGUGGGACAGAUGCCCGCAGGAGCUAUGCCUAUGCAGGGCGGGAUGGCUAUUGGUAUGCAGAACCCAGGGAUGCAGUUCAUGGGCCAGCCACAGUUUAUGACUAUGAGACCUGCCGGACCACAAUACACUGCAGACAUGCAAAAACAAAUGGCUGAGGAGCACCAAAAACGCCUGGAACAUCAGCAGAAGAUGCUGGAAGAAGACAGGAAAAGAAGACAAUUUGAGGAGCAGAAACAGAAGCUGAGGCUGCUCAGCAGUGUCAAGCCCAAAACUGCUGAGAAGAGCCGCGACGAUGCCUUGGAGGCAAUCAAAGGCAACCUGGAUGGCUUCAGCAGAGACGCUAAGAUGUACCCUAAUCCAUCAUCCCAGACCAAGAAGCCAGACUCAUCGCCACCACAUCCUUCAGUCCCCAUUCACUCCCUUUCCCCAGCUUUGUCCGAAGACAAUGAUGAGUUUAGUGACUUUCAAGGCCCUGUAGAUGCCCCUGCCUCCUUCCCUCCGCCCUCCUCCACUUCCUCUGCAUCGGGCCUCUCCUCUCAGGUCCCCGUCCAGCCUUCGUCCACUGCCCCCGCGUCAGGUUUCUCCUCGGACGAUGACGAGUUUAGUGACUUUGUUCAGGGUCCCCUAAAUGCGUUCCCUCUCUCUGACUUCCGACCUUCCUCCCCUUCCCUGAAUGCAGGACUUUCCUCCUCCUCCCUCCCUCAGUCCCUUCCUGCCUCUGUGUCCAUUUCCACUGUCACCCAACACUCUGCUGUCAGCAACAGCUCCCAAUCUACAUUUCAAGGCCCGUCCCUGGAACAGAAGCUUUUCUCCUCUUGUGAUUUCACUGCCGGAGAGACGGCACCGGUUAGCUUUAAAUCCAAGCCGAGUUUGGCAGCAAUGGGUCCUGGAACUAAAGUUUCAACCCAGUUUCACUCCAGCACUAAAGCGAGGAAUUGGGCUGCGGCCCCCGAGGACUUGAGUACGGUCUUCGUGGCUGAAAAGCCGCCUGAGUGCCCGGUGUCAGCGCCCGGCGCCCCCACACCAAGUGUUGACCCGUCUCCCCAAACCAGUAAAGACAGUGGAGGUGUUGGCGUCUACCCUCAGCAAGAGCACAUUCAGCCCAUGCUGCCAGCGUGGGUUUACAAUGACAACCUCAUCCCAGAAAUGUUCAAAAAGGUGCUGGAAUUCACCAUGACCCCAGCGGGCAUAGACACAGCCAAUCUGUACCCGAUACUAAUGUCGUCAGGACUUCCCAGGGAAGCACUGGGGCAAAUCUGGGCGGCAGCCAAUCGCACAACACCCGGCAUGCUGACCAAGGAGGAGCUCUACACCGUACUUGCACUGAUUGGUGUGGCGCAGAGUGGGCUCCCAGCAAUGAAUGUGGAAAUUCUCAGCCAGUUCCCUUCUCCACCAGUGCCCAACCUGCCAGCCCUGGCUAUGGCCAUGGCCUCCGUCAUGCCCCAGCACCAGCAGCCCAUUAUGACCAAGCCCCCUGUUUCCAUGUCAGCACCGCCGCAGGCUCAAGCACCCACAGGCACUAACUUCAUCGCCAGUUUCCCUCCGCCACAGGGGCCCAAAGCCGAUGACGACGACUUCCAGGAUUUCCAGGAGGCUCCAAAGCCAGGAGGCGGAGACCAGUCCUUCACUGAGUUCCAGGGGGAGUCUGCCGGAAGUUUCCCCACCACACUCGCACCGCAGCACCAGAAAGGUGCGUCUGCCAUGCUGACUCCCGUGUCCGGUUCCUCAUCCGCCUCCGUUACUUCUUCUGAUAAGUACGCUGUGUUCAAGCAGCUGUCGGUGGAGCAGCCGGCGGAGCCUACGCCCACCGCCUCAGAUUUUGGGGACAAAUACAGUGUAUUCAGACAACUUGAGCAACCUGCUGACAAGAAACCAGUCGGGGAAGGAUUUGCCGAUUUCAAGUCCGCCAGUGCCGACGACGGCUUCACAGACUUUAAAACCGCAGACAGCGUCUCUCCAUUAGACCCUUCAGACCCGGCCAAGAUCUUUCAACCUUCCUUCCCCUCUGCUUUCCCAACCUCUCAGUCUCUACAACAUCUACCCCAGCAGCAACAGCCCGCAGUGUCUCUUUCUCAGCCCAAAAAUCCUCUCAACAUGGCCGAUCUGGACCUUUUCUCUUCGAUAGCCCCCUCUGUGCCUGCCCCUACUGAGACAAAACCCAGCCCCUUCCCCACAGUGUCUGUGCCCCCCUCUCUGCUGCUCGGACCAGGUGGAGGUAAACCUCGAGGGGGAGGUGCAGAUGAUUUUGGGGAUUUUACACUCUUCGGCUCAUCCUUCGAUGCUGCUCAGGCUACAGCGGUGGGAGGAGCCGUGGCGGCAGCGCCGGACGACUUUGCAGACUUCAUGGCGUUCGGCGCUUCUGGUGGGGAGCCCAAAGGCGAGAGCAGCAGCGUGGGGGUCCAAGAGGAGGCCUCCACUCAGCAGCGACUUCAGCACGCCUCAGACAAGUAUGAUGUAUUCAAGCAGCUGUCCCUGGAGGGCGGCCCGGCCCACGACGACGGCAAGGAGAGCGGCGGGGGCUCCUUCUUCUCUCUCAAGAGCGACACCGACGACUUUGCCGACUUUCAGUCCUCAAAGUUCUGCACGGCGCUCGGGGCUUCGGAAAAGACGCUGGUGGACAAGGUGGCCGCUUUCAAACAGGCCACAGAGGACUCUGCCUCCGUCAAGUCCCUCGACCUCCCGUCCAUCGGGGGGAGCAGCGUAGGAAAGGACGACUCGGAAGACGCACUCUCUGUGCAGCUGGACAUGAAGCUCUCGGAUAUGGGCGGAGACCUGAAGCAUGUGAUGUCGGACAGCUCUCUGGAUUUGCCCGGCCUCUCGGCCCACCAGCCCCCCGCUACAGACGGCGACGACAUGAGAUUUGACCCCUUCGGGACGUCGGCGCUCAGCACCCUGGCCAGCUACGACUGGUCCGAGCGCGAGGAAUGUCUGCCCGGUGAGGUCAGGAAGCCCCAGGGCUUCGAUGGGGCUUCCCUUCCCUCGUUAGUGCCGGCGCAAAGGAAGGAGCCGACCUUUGGCAGCGCAGAAAACCUCCCGGGCAGCGGCGUAGCAAAGGUCGCUGCCUCCGUUCCCACGGAGGACGGCUCGUCCACGGAUGACAAGUUUGAGGCCUUUGUUGAUUCGGGCCCCGGCGAGCAGAGCGGUGUCGACGACGAGGACGACUUUGGGGACUUUGCGAGCACUGUUUCUGAAAAGUCUGACUCGCCAGCUGCCGCUGCCGAAGGCGGCUCCGAGGGAAACCAAGACGAGGCCUCUGAUGAGUUUGGGGCCUUUCAGGGGGACAAGCCCAAGUUUGGCAAGUCUGACUUCCUCAAAGCCAGCGCUCAGACCAACGUCAAGUCCAGCGAGGAGAUGAUCAAGAACGAACUGGCGACCUUUGACUUGUCGGUUCAAGGCUCUCACAAACGCAGCCACAGUUUGGGCGACAAGGAGAUUGGGCGUUCUCCCCCGUCUCCGGCCCCUGACCAGCCCUUCAGAGACCGAUCCAACACCCUCAGCGAGAAGCCCGCGCUGCCUGUCAUCAGGGACAAGUACAAGGACCUGACCGGGGAGGUAGAGGAGAGCGAGCGGUACGCAUACGAGUGGCAGAGGUGUCUGGAAAGUGCUUUGGAGGUUAUCACCAAAGCCAACAACAUCCUGAACAGCAUCAGCAGCUCCUCCGUCUGCACCGAGGUCAUCCAGUCCGCUCAGGGCAUGGAGUACCUGCUGGGCGUGGUGGAAGUGUAUCGCGUCACCCGGCGCGUGGAGCUGGGCAUCAAGGCGACGGCCGUGUGCUCCGAGAAGCUGCAGCAGCUGCUGAAGGACAUCAGCCGCGUGUGGAACAACCUCAUGGGCUUCAUGUCGCUGGCCAAGCUCGCUCCUGAUGAGAGCUCCCUCGAUUUCUCCUCCUGUAUUCUGAGGCACGGCAUUAAGAACGCCAAGGAGUUGGCUUGUGGUGUGUGUCUACUCAACGUCGUCGCACGCAGCAAGGCCUUCAACUCUGAUACGGACAACUUCAAACUGCUGUACGGAGGCCACCAGUACCACGCCAGCUGCGCCAAUUUCUGGAUUAACUGUGUGGAGCCCAAACCCCCCGGCCUCAUACUUCCUGACCUGCUGUGAGCUCUGGGCUGCGGCUGCCAUGGCAACAGGGCACAGGCUAAUCAACAUCAGAUAGGUAGAGCGCCGGCGACGACGCCGCUCCGGCUGCCGCCGCGGAGCGAGAAGAGGACGUUCAAAGACACUGGAUUCCUUUGUAUUUACCAUGUUUGAUUUCAGCUGCAUAGGUCACAUUAGUAAUGAGCAAUGUGCUUAUUAUAUAGUUUCCACUGAUUUUCACUGUUGAAAAAAGUCAAUGAAUCCAUUUUCACUCGUUAACGAUGUAUUUAAAUUAUUAGUUGUGCAAUAUAAAUCUGGGGUUUUUAAUGUGACUCGUUGCUUCUGUUUGAGAGGAUUUAUUCUCACGACUUCCUUUCUUCCUGUUGACCCAGAGCCGUUGAAUCAAACCUAUUCUUGAAUUACAUUUGUGGGUCAGGUCUGUUUAAUGGAACUUUUAAUAGGAGACCUUUAACAUUUAAACUGAGGCCGUUUGUGGGUUUUCUUGAGUUGUGUUGAAUUGAUGGCUUUGAAUGUUUUUGCACGGUUAAGGAGAGUUCAGCUCUUCUAAAGGUAUUUAAAAUGUAUAUUUUAUAGAGGAAAAGAGUCUGGAUUCGAGGUGUUUAAGGGGUUCAUGCUAACGGUUUGGUUUUUGUGUCGUCUUUGUGUGCAGCUAGAGCUGAAGGUAAAGAAUGAUUCUGAACUGGAAUUGCAGCAGCACUUUUUGUAUAUUACAGUGUCGUGCUGUAGCAUUGUAAUUAUAACCCAAAUGUGAUGUAAAUAAAUAUGCAUACAGUUUAAAGUGUCAGACGUUAUUGAGCGUUUCUAAAGGCUAUUUUUAAACCAUACUCUCGUAUGUACAGUGAGUUUAUUUUUAAUCAAUUCUUUUGAGCUGUUGCCAAACAUUUGGACUGUUUGCCAACGGGGAUUCAAUCAGCUACAUAAAAGGCUGCAACAACAGC